AUGAAGUACAAAGAGGACCGAUGCAAGUUCUGUGGCCUGUUUCACAGUAUCAAGUCGAAGUGUCCUGAGAAAUAUGACUCCUAUCAAAAGAAGUGCUCUCGCUGUGGACGUGUAAACCAUGGCACUAUGGCUUGCUUUAGCAACAACCCUACGGUUCAAGGCCUCUCGGUGGUUCUUAUUGAUAACCCAGGCAUGGGUACUAGCCACUUCAUCGACUUCGAGAUCAACGACUGUCAGAAACCAUUACGAGCAUUAUUGGAUAGCGGAGCUGCCAUGAGCGUUAUCCACGAGGCCGAAUUGACGAAGAUUCCUGAUGUUGUUAUACAACCCACCGACUUGGUGGUGCGUACUGCUGAUGGAGGAAGCCCAAAAGUAACAGGUAUCGUCCGGAACCUGAAGCUGACUUUCGCCGACGAUACAGUGGUCUACGAGAGCUUUGUUGUGGUGGACACUCCUCUAUCCCAUGCUAUUUUGCUGAGUACGAAUGCCUUACGAGGAGUCGGAGCUGUCUGGUUUAUGACUGAUAAGGAUAAUCUGAUGUUGCUUGGAGGAGACGCCAAGUCCUCCAUCGCUGCACAGAGACGACACCGUGCUACCAGGACCUACUCACCACAGCCCAUUGACUAUGGUGUCGUUGAGAUCUGCGACUUGGUUGUUGAGCCCCCUAAACCAGGAGCCCCUCGUCGAGAUGCCUAUACUUCUACGACUUCCAUCCCCAACGACUUGAUGGAAGAGAUGAUCAUUAGCAGCUAUCCUCAGGCCGAGGACGAUGACGACCUCUUGAACAAAAAAGGCCUUACCGCUGACCAGAAGGUCCAACAGACGAAGAUUGAACAAGCCAAAGACAUUGCUACUGAAGACACCAAGCCCUUCAAGUGGAAAUUGUUACCUUCAACGCCGAAGAGCCGGCUGGGACGUUUCUGUUUGGAUGUGCCCUGGAUUGAUGAUCGACGACCUGAUGGUAGACUAAACGGCAUGGCCAUACAGCGAGCUAUUGCCACUGACUCAAGACUACGUGAUAAAGAACGUGCUGCCUAUCUGGAGGUUAUCAAGUCACUAUAUGAUGAAGGUUAUGUUCGACACGAGAGGCGUGAUAACAUCGAGCACCUGAUACCGAGCUUCCCUGUGGUGAGACCAGAUCAUGCCACUACUAAGGUGCGAUUGGUUACUGAUGGAAGCACUGGCCUGAAUCGUCUAUGUCGAGAUGGACCUGUUAUGAACGAUGACCGACUUGGUAUGACCCUUAUGAGCAACCUCCAUCUAUUUAGACUGAGCCCGUACGUGAUCCUAGAUGACCUUCGACGUGCUUUCUAUCAAGUCAAGAUUGAUCCCGAGAACGAACCCUACUUUGGGAUGGCUAACAAGUACGGCUCUGAGAUGCUAUACGGUGUAUGGACGGCCAUGGGUUUCGGAAGCAACUACGCUCCGAGUGCUCUUGGGCAAGUGCUGACUACCAUCAUUGAAUUGAACGACUUUCACCACUCUGACGACCAUGAUGUCUCGAUCCUCGGCGAGGUGGCGCUACAAGUCUUGGAUGACUACAACCUAUCCAUCAACCACGCUACCAUAGCUGAUGAAACACCUCCGAUCGAGGGUGACCAUAAGAUUAUUGCUUCUGACAACGCCGCCCAGUCCGACGGUACUACAAUCCGCUCACAUGUAAGCAUCUAUGUCGACGACGUGCAGUCCAGAGGGGAUACUAUUCCUCAAGUCGAGGGUAUUGCCCGCAAGGUCAUGGGUGGACUCCGAGACCAUGGGUUCGAAGACAAUCCAAAGAAGAGGAUGAAGAGUUGGUUGUCUCACGAAGGCCACUACUUGGGCUACGGUGUGAAGGAUGAUUAUAUGUUCGUCGACUAUCGACCUAACCUGAAGUUACUCGAGAAGAAGGGAGGCGAUUUGACUCGAAGAGAAGCCUUCCGUCUCAUCAUGGCCUACUACGACCCUAUCGGUUUAGGAGUUGAAUUUGCUGGACGUCUACGAUAUCUAGGACGACAAUGCUACCAACAUUCCACUUCGUGGGAUGCUAAGAUCGAUGAUAACUAUGGCACCGAACUGAUAAAGCUAUGCAAAUAUGCAGUGAAAGAAUCUGCCAAGGCUACUACGACGCCAAGGCACCUGAACAUCGAGACCAUCUACGUCUCUACUGAUGCGAGCUUAGUGGCUGGAUCACAACAAGUGUACGACGCUGACUGUCAACGACUUUACGGUUCCUGUCACUUAUACUCGGCGGCUGAAGACAAGUGGAGCAUACCGAAGAAAGAGACUAUGGCUUUCUGUGAUGGAGUGUGUAAGGUUGCUAACUAUGUCAAGAUGAUUACCAACUUACACUAUGAUACAAAUAUCAAGAAGAUCGUCAUCCACGUGGACAGCGAGUGUGUAAUCUACCGUUUGCGACGAGUCAAAGCCCUACGUAAGAUGAAGACUAUCACAAGCCUCGAGACAAAGAGGUUGGAGGACGUUAUCACCAAGAUCAAUGAAUUGGGAUCCAUGGGUAUAACAGUAGAAGUCAGACACAUCAACGGUGACAAGAACCCGGCUGAUGGCCCUAGCAGACCCCACGGAAAUGACGCCCCCUCCCCAAUGACCAGAACUGAAGUCCAGCAUGCUGUUGCUACUGCUUCUAUUGCUACCCUGGACGUUGUCUUCGACCCCCGUCUGACUGAUGAGAAAGACGAUCUGCAAGCUGUGGAUGGAAAUCCACCUAUAUGCAAAGUGAACGUGAUCGACAUUGAGCAUUUCUUUGAAGACGAAGAGAUCAAGCAUUUACAAGAUGCUGAUGGGAGGUUGUCGACUAUUAAGGCUACUCUGAGAAAUGUGCCCCUAAAUGAGAGGCCAAAUGGUAUGAGAAUGUAUUGCCUCGAUGAGAACAACGUCCUGUACUUCACCGGUAUCACCUCCAUAGUCGACAAAUCAAGAACGGUGACCCCGUUGCCUGUGAUACCGAGAGGCCCGAAAGUACAAGAAUGUCUACUUACACUACAUGAAGGAGAAGGCCAUGUUGGAGCUGCCAAGCUACUUGCUAUCUAUCAACAAUGGUAUUCCACCCCCAAGGUGCGACAAGUACUACGACGCCUGCUACAGUCCUGUCCCGUAUGUCAACGUACAAGGGAAAGAGCCUGUACUCGUCGAGCAGGAGGAGUUGUUCGACCUCCUGGACUACACUUUGGUGUUGGCAGUUGCUAUGUACUAGACCUACAAGGUCCCUUUCUCGAGUGUGACGAUGAUCCUGACGUCCCACAGAAGAAGUGGGGCUUGACUAUGACUGAUCCAGUGUCCUUCCAUGUGUUAUUCGAUGUCCUCGACAACCCGAGCACUGGUGCCGUGAUUGACUCGGUCCACAAGAUUAUUGCUAUGAAUGGCAUUCCUCAGGCCGUUGUCAUGGACCCGGGAAGUUGCUUUACUUCCAGUGAUUUCAAGAUGUACCUCAAGUCCCAAGCUAUUGCCUAUACCUACCUACCACGAGAUGCUCAACAUCUUGGAGGCUUUCAUGAACGGGUACAUGGGACUAUAUUGCAACAAGUGAGGAGUCGGUUGGCGAGAGCUGAGCUGCAGGAUGAGCCCAUAACCUUCGUGACUAUUUAUAGUGAAGCUGUGGCCAGUGUGAACCGCCUCCCUCUGAACGACUUUGGAGGACUAACCCCCUUCGAAUUAUAUCAUGGACGACGCCCUCGUUAUCUUGCUGGUUCCUGCACUGGUGAGGAUGCUAGACUAGGUCAACAACUUAUUGAUGAAUGGUUGCCCGGCCUACGACGUGAUGAACAAGAUGUUCUAGAGUCUGACCUACAAAUGCUAUGCGAAGAAAUCUAUGAGCGACGAUGCCAAAGUAUGACUGACUACUUCGACCUCUGGAAGGAGCGAACUCGAAGAUGCCGACGUUACCAACUAAGACCAGUAUUGUCAUUAAAUUAA